CGCGCGUGGUUGCGAGCUCCACGUGAUCACGUUGCCCGAGGACGCUGGGAGCAUGUCCGACAAGCCAGCGACUGCUCCGCACACAGACCACGUGGUUGCACCUGACGCAUCGGUGACGGCACCGGAGGAACGCCCCACCUCAGCGAUCGCCGCCUCCGACGACAUUCGUGCUGCAAUCGAUGAUACCAAUGAUGCUGCUGCGCGUGCUGUCGAAGGUGCGAACGACACGACUGACGUCGUGUUGGAAGAAGGACCCGUUUCGGCGGCUCGCGCGUCCAACCAAGACGACGUCUCGACGACUGCACCCAGGCCACACGAGCUCUCGAUUGCCAUCCCAGACGAUUUGGAAGCGUGCAUGAACGAUUGCACGUCGCCCGGCCACGAUGCCCAAUUGGCGGGGUACCCGCCCGACUGCGGGACGAAGCGAGUCAAGUACUUGUCGUAUGCCAAAUGCCGUCGCGACCGCGGGUUGACGCAUCCCAUGUGCUACUCCCAGACCGAGAAGGACCGCAUGGGCCAUGCGGUGCCCAAGACGUAUCCCGUGAUCGCGACGGACUUUGGGGCGCAUUCGUUCCACACACUUCCGACCGACUCGCACGUCCUGAGCAAGUACGGCAUCGGGAUCAGUCUCUACUUCAAAUUCUUGAAAGUCAUGUCGUGGCUGUUCUUGAUCAUGUUCAUCAUCAGUCUGCCGUCCAUGGCGAUUUACGUCAUCUGCGGCAGCGGCAGUACGGACGCGAUCAAGUUGCAGCUGCAAAAGAACCCGCUCGCGAUUCUUGGCAUGACGAGCAUGGGCCACUUGGGCGAGUCCGAAAAGGUCUGCGCGCAGGCCAAGUAUGGCGAAACCCUCACGUUGACCUGUCCAUACGGCGAAAUCGGUCGCAUCGAGGCGUCGUAUUCGCUGCAUGAUAGUCAAGGGACGUGCUCGUGUCCUACGGCGUACCAAACGAGCUCGAAUGGCGUAUGCCGCGGGACAGUCGACACCACCACGUCGUCUUGUCCGUCGUCCGGGGCCCCAUGCUACCUCGGGGCGUUUCCAUCGGCGGGCGACUCAUGCUGUGGCUACACCAAAGACCCCGUCACGGGCGCCGGCGAGUUUCCUGAACUGGCCGUGAAGAGCGCGCCCGGGUGCUCCAGUCCAUCCGUGGUGCCCAUCUUGAACGGACUGUGCCUCGGACAGCAAUCGUGCUCGCUGGCCGUCGACGACUCGGAGCUGUACUUGUGGAAAGUCGACAAGACGUACAACACAGUGUGCACCGACCGUAGCAGCCCCCUCUUUUGCCAAGCUCGGCUUUCCGACCAAAUGGCGACGGCCACAUGCCCAAACGCGACUCGCGGCGACCGCGGCAUCAUUGCGCAGGCGCAGUGCCUGACGACCAAGAUUGACGUGUCGGAUUCGUGGGCGUUCAAGAUCAUGGGGUGGAACGAAGUCACGCGCCAAAAUUUUGUCGGCAUGGCGUGUGGUCUCGACAUUGUGUAUUCGGUUGUGUUCAUCCUGGUCGUGGUUUGGAUGAAAAGACAAGAAAAGGCGGCGAAUUCACAGAUCCUGGCCGAUCGACUGAGCGUAGACAAUUACACGGUGCAGCUCAUGCACUUGCCGCGCCACACGGACGUGCCCAAGCUCGCCGAAGACUUGAAAGCCCACCUGGAGACGGUGCUGAGUGCCAAACCGCCCGUGUACAAGGACAGCGUCAAGGCCAUUCGCGUCGCCGACGUCAACUUUGGCUUGACGAAUGCGAUGCAGAUCAGCUUGAUGCGGAAGCGCGGCGAAGUCGCGGCCAAGCUGGACGUGGCGCUGCAACGAAUUGCCAAAUUUAAAAAGUUACAGCCGGGUCAAAAGCCAGGCAACAGCCACGAAAUGGACGCCAAGACGUUCGACAAGCGCAUGGAGAAGCUCCUCAAGGCGUCGAACGCGUUGGGGGACCAGUUCACCAACUACGACAAGCGGUUGGACGAGUGGGAGAAGAAAAACAAGGGCAAGGGGCUGGUCGCCGUCACGGCGUACAUCACGUUCGAAGAAGAGGAGGGGUACCUUCGCUGCCUGCGCGAGUACCCGAACCUGGGGCUCCUGCACCGCCUGUUCCAGCCGUACCACAAACGAUUCCUAAAGAAGCGCAUGUUCAUCCAGACCGCGCCGGACCCGACCGACAUCAUUUGGGAAAACCUGGACUACACCGCCAUGAAUCGGGGUUUCCGCGUCGUCGUCGUCAACAUCUUGGCGCUGUCGCUGCUGUGUUUGAGUUUCAUCAUCAUUUACGCCGCCAAGGUCAAGAAAAACGAGCUCACGCAAAAGUACGGCGCCCCCGUGUCCUGUCCGGACGGCGGAGUUACGGCGUGGGAUGUUGUCCAGGAGCAAACGAGCAAUUCGGGCGACCAAACGAUGGUCAUGUGCUAUUGCAAGGCCGCGUUGCUGCGGACGUCGCUCAAGGACGCGAUGAACAUCAACUUUGUCGACCACCGCACCGGCACGAGUGCCAAAUACUGCGAUUCGUGGGGCACGCAGUACUUGGAAAUUCAAGCGCUGAUGGUGGCGUCUGUCCUGAUCGUCGUCGUCAUCAAUGCGUGCUUGACGCCGGUCCUGCGGUACCUCGUGCUCAAGCAAAAGAGCCACACGCGAUCGGGCGUCGUAGUCGCGACGGUGACUAAAAUUUUCAUUGCGCAGUUCUUCAACACGGCGUUGAUUGUGCUGCUGCUCAACGCCAACAUGGACGACGUGAUGGACAACAGCGCUGGCGCAUCCAUCAACGGGAUCAAGAUCUUUACGGGCAAGUAUUCCGACUUUUCCGUGAGUUGGUACAACGAUGUUGGGAUUUCCCUCAUGCUGACCAUGAUCAUCAACAUGGUGUCACCCCACGCGGGCGUGUUCAUCACGUACGUGGUCCUGGAGAUCAAGCGGUUUGCCGACCGCAGCUUCUCCUUUGACUGGACCAUCACCCACCAAGAAACGCAGCGAGAUUUGGAGGCGCUGUACCGCGGCCCCGAGUUCGACUUGGCGAGUCGGUACUCGGUUGUGAUCAACACGAUCUUCAUUACGCUCCUGUUCUCGAGCGGCAUGCCGCUCAUGCUCUUGAUCGGUCUCUUCUCCAUGAUCAUCACGUACUGGACAGACAAAUUCACGUUUUUACGUGUUGUGCGGUCGCCGCCGCAGUACGACGGCAAGAUCGCGGGGGCGGCUGGCAGCCUCCUUCCAUGGGCCAUUCUCCUCCACACGUUGUUUGGCAUUUGGAUGUACUCGAACACGCAGAUCUUUGACAAGAUGACAACGCAGCUGUCGGCGCUCGGGUCCCUCAACGCCGAGCUCGAACGCGGCGGUCGCAUUGUUGCGCGCGCCAUCACGAUGCCCUCCGAAGUCAUGUUUGGUUUGCUUGUUGCGAUCGCUGCCCUCGCGCUACUCCGUGUCAUCGUGUUUCGGUACUUUGCAUCUGCGCUGCGCUCGGUCUUUCCCAUUUGCGUCCGCAUGUUGAAGAAGGAGAAACGUCCUCGCAAUUUGCCCAACUACUUUGACGCGAUCCCGACACACGUGCUCAAGGAAAGCCUCGCGACGAAGACGCUCAAACCGCACCUGCGUGAAUCGUACAACGCCGCCCUCGUUCGACGAGGGAUGUCUUCGUCGCUCGAGGAAGCAGACACGGCGCCGCAUUCGGGCGUCGUGCUCGAGGGAUGCCACUCGUACGACAUCAUGGUGAAUGCAUACUACAAAGACGCGUUCGGAGGCGGCGCCUUUCAUCGGUCGUUGUGAUGCUGCCGCCGCCCGAUGGAUUUACUAGUUUACAUGUUCCGACCCAAAUACAAGUGUGGGGCUUUUUCUUUGAUGGAAGCGUAUCCAUGUGAAUGGCCUCCAGCGCCGCCUUCCCCACUCUGCACCGCACCUUCAACACGAAAGUUGCCAGCAUUU